AUGCCGAGCGACAAUAAGAAUGUCAGAGAGGACGCUUGGGAGGAGAGAAAUUCGCCGGUGCAUUACGGCGGGAUAUUCGUUGCGUCGGAAAUAAUUAUUACAACGAUACAGAUGACAUAUGAGUUGAUCACGAGCAAGAAAGGCGGACCUAUAGCCAAGAAGAUUCCAGGGCGCAAACGAAAAGAGAAAGAGCAGGAUCCCCCUGCUCUUCGGAAAAGCUCACAAGUUAACGGAUGUCACAGCGCACCUCAAGUCUGGGCAAUGAAGGGUGACGACGUCCAAGGACACCACAACAAAUCUAUUGAUGAUGGCGAAGGUGAGAAGUUGAAUGGCCUUCGCAAUGCCGAUUCGUACCCAAGUAACAGGUGGAGCCACAGCGUGCAGUGGAGAAAGCUGCUCCGAGCAGAGACAAUAUCUGGGAUUCAAUUCAGUCAGCAGACUGAACUGAGUGAGGGGGCCACAUACCCAAUUUUCGUUAUGGCCUCAAAUGGCCAGUCCUCCCAAAAAGCACCAGUCCCGGUGACGGUCCGUGCGGGAAAAGUGGCCGAGAUUGUCGGUCUUCUAAGACUCUACCUGCGGUUGUGGAAUCGCGGUCGAGGUCGAGGUCGAGGAACGAGAAAUGGCUGUGAAGCAUACAGAGAGAUAAGACCGUUUGGACAAAUGCCUCCCCAGUAA